AUGUCUACUGCCGGAUCAGCUAGCCGGAAAAAAGAUCUAGUAUACCGAGGUAUCCGGUGCCGGAGCGGUAAAUGGGUCUCGGAGAUCCGUGAGCCGAAGAAGACCACUCGAAUCUGGCUCGGAACUUACCCCACGGCUGAGAUGGCAGCCGCAGCCUACGACGUGGCUGCUUUGGCUCUUAAAGGCAGAGAAGCCGUCUUGAACUUCCCGGGAUCUGCUCAGUCAUAUCCAGUUCCCGAGUCAAAAUCAGCAGCGGACAUUCGAACCGCUGCUGCGGCGGCUGCAGCGGUGAAGGGGUGUAAGGAAGAAGAGGUCAAAGAAGAAGCAAAGAAGAAGAGCAGUAGUAGUUUGUCCAAUUCAAGAGACAUGGCGUCUUCGUCGUGGUAUGGGACAGAUUUUAUGGACGAAGAAGAACUCUUGAAUAUGCCUAAUUUGCUGGCUAAUAUGGCGGAAGGGAUGAUGGUUGCGCCGCCGCCCUGGAUGGGUUCUCGGCCGUCCGAUGACUCUCCGGAGAAUUCCAAUGAUGAGGACUUGUGGGGAUAUUGA